CUCUGGCGGUGAUUCUGGACUUGCCUGGAGCGUUGGAUGCGGUGAUGGCGAACAGUGUGGACAGUGGGGCGACGGAAAUGAUGGUGGUGGUCAAUAUUGGACGACUGGGCCUGGUCGUCAGAGAUAAUGGAUGUGGCAUUCAUCCGGAUGAUGUUGGUCGUGUUGGUGAGCGGCACAUGACUACAAAGGUACAGAGUGUGGACUGCGUGUCCAAGGUUGCUAGCCGAGGGUUCAGGGGAGAAGGACUAUGUUCUAUUGGUAGCAUCAGCGUUAUGACGAUAAAGACAAGAAGUUGUGGGUUCAACGGUAGUUACAUGACAAGGAUCCAUAACGGAGAGAGGGUCAUUAAGUGUGUGAAAGUUGACGAGGGAAGGAUUGAAGGAGAAUCGGGAACAGAGGUUCGGGUGGAGCAGAUGUUCCACAAUACACCUGUGAGAUUCAAGCACCUCCAGCAGCUACAGGAGUCAAAGACACUGCAGAAGAUCAGGGAUCUCGUGUUUGAGUAUGCUAUGGGGAACCCCAAAUUAGCGAUAACCGUUGCGAGGGAGAGCGAAUCGGGCCAAAUGAGCUCCAUAUGUCAAGUGACUCCAAGGUGUCGAAGCGAUCUUGCGAAGUAUUGGUGUGAUACUUUGAAUCAAGUGUACGGUAUGGAACUUGCUGGCAGGUUUGAAUAUGCGACGCAUACUUCUACUUCUUCAAAGGAGUCUGUGCUGAUAAGUACACUACCUCUACAAACAAAGUCUUUUCAGUUCGUUUUUAUAAAUGGCCGGAGAGUCACUUCUCAAUUAAGUGAACAAGUACGGAAAGAGCUAUCCUGUGGCAAGUUUGAGUAUACGGAGGGGCACAUUGAACAUGCUUUGACCACGAAUAAUGUGUCACCAAGAAAAGGUAAAAAAGGAGCUAGCAUAGUUGGGUCUACUUAUAGUAAACACCCUCUUUCAAUUGUUGACGUUUGGAGUGACAAUGCUAUCAGAAACUUUGAAAAUGGUCAACCAAUGUUGCUUGAUGAGGAACUCAAAUGUGCAAUCAGUGGUAUUCAUAAGAUAUUUUGUGAUUUCAGAGAUAUGACUUUACAUAGGGGGCAGAUGAAUGAAGAUCACACAACACACAGAUCAGAAAUUGAGAGUACCGUGAUUGAAGACGCUACAGUUAGCAACAGAAAGGCUCAAUCUUCAAAAGGAAAAGAGCUCGCGAGUACUGUUGGAUAUGCGAGCUCAUAUGACUGUCAUGAUUCUAAUGAACUUCCUCAAAGACUUGAAGAUAUGAUCAAGAGACGUAAGCUGAUAACACAUAAUGACGACCUUGAUAUCAAUACUGAUGAUGCUGUGACCAUCAAACAGGAAGAGCAGACACCGAGGGAUUUACUAACGAACUGCUCGGUUAUAGCUCAAGUUGAUGAUAAGUUCAUCUUAAUUAAAUCAAAAGUUGAACCGAAACUAUACAUCGUUGACCAGCAUGCGUGCGAUGAACGAAUAAGAGUAGAGGAGCUCUACAAGCAGCUUAUUGAGAUGGCAUCCCAAUCAACGCAGUCCUUAGCAGUACCUUUGAAAACUAACGUCAGUGCUGAUGCACCACUAGGGGCGUUAGAACUUCUCAACACAUAUUCCAAAGAGUUAGAGAAUUGGGGAAUAAAAUUUACAACAGCUAGAUCAAACAACGAAUCUGGGAAUGUGACUUUUACACAUUUGCCCGAGUUGAUGCAUUGUAAAGUUGAUGAUGAUAACUCGUUCGUAGUUCGUUCCAUCAUGCAAUACGCACACGAUUUGCAGGAUAAAGUCAAGCUCACAUCACUGAACAGACACCAGGAUUGGUUUUUGAACAUGCAGGCCAUGCCAACAAUAUUAACAUUGUUGCUUAACAGUAAAGCAUGUCGGAGUGCAAUAAUGUUUGGACAAACACUGUCCAAAUUUGAAUGCCAAUUGCUAGUACAGAAGUUAGCACAGUGUAAACAGCCCUUCCAAUGUGCUCAUGGGAGACCUUCUGUUAUUCCCUUAUGCAACUACACGAACCUAUAAUUACGAAGACAACUAAUUAAAGAAGAAACGUCAACAAUUCACCAAAGAAAUAAACAAUGUGUAAUGAGAGCACUCUAAGAUUAUCCAAGUAGGAUGAAGCCCUUUUCCUUAUAUCACGUGAGCAC